AUGCACCGGGACUCUCAGAUGCACAUAAGCAAGGGCGACUAUGAGUUUCUUGGUCCUUAUGAAGUGGUUAAGUGCCUGGAAAAUGGACGUUAUAAGAUUAAGAAGGUUGAAACAACCAUCAUAACAAAUGCAGCUAAGGAACAGCUAAGAUCAUGGCCUGUACAGUGGUCCUCCAAUGUUGAUAUGGGAGAUAUACUUGAGUUUUUGGAGGCUGAGGAAGUACCACGUCAGUAA